GGCUAGCUUUAAAAACAGUCUUUUCAGAAUGAAAGCACACAUAUAAUUACAUCAAAUGGCUUAAUAACACUCCAGUUUGUAACUGGGAGCUGAUCAGGGCCUUCUUUUCUUCCAGUGCAUUGUUUUAGAUAAGAGGCAUCUGGGGUCUUACAAUGACAUGCAACUGAGCCCCCCCCUUCCUCUGUCUCUGAAUUUCUCUCCUUUUUUCUCCACUCUCUUUUUCUCCAGCUGGUGCAAUUUAUUGCUGCUGCCUCCCAGAUCAAGAUAACCUGCUCAGUCAGCUGGAGCCCCCUGCAGACAGCUGUCUCUCUUUCAGCUGAUGGAAAACUGCCACUAGUCAGUGAAUAGGAAGCGAGCGGCGCAGCAUCCUCCGUACAGCAUCAGCACAAGCAGCAGCCCUGGGCUCUAUUGUUCCUUGGUGUUAAAUGGUUUUUUCCUUUUCAACUGGCAUGCACAAUAGCUGGGAAGAGGAUUCUGUUCUCUGUGACUUAAAAAGGAACACUGAGGAGGGAGACGCUAUUAGGAGUGUGCUAUUCAUUGUGUACAAGCUGUAACAGCAUCGCUGCCUUCCGAAGGCAUGGGGUUAGCGGGGAGAAGCACCGGCUUUUCUGGUACCCCUGCUUCUUCCCUUGGAGUGAUUGUUCUUCUUCUUGGUGGGAUCUGGGCUGCUGAGAGUGAAUCUGAAACCAAAACUAUAUACGUAUGGAAGACUGGUCCCUGGGGCAGAUGUAUGGGAGAUGAAUGUGGUCCUGGAGGUAUUCAAACAAGAGCAGUUUGGUGUGCCCAUGUUGAAGGAUGGACAACUCUCCCUACAAACUGUAAGCAGACAGACAGACCAGAAAACCAACAGAACUGUUUUAGAGUUUGCGACUGGCACAAGGAAAUGUAUGACUGGCAGUUAGGAAGCUGGAAUCAGUGCAAACCAGUCAUAUCAAGAUCUUCAGAGAAACCUACAGAAUGUACUAAGGGUGAGGAAGGCAUUCAGACUAGAGAAGUAACAUGCAUCCAGAAAGCAAAUGGAGCAAUAGCUGAUGAUAGUAUUUGUGAAUACUUUGAACCUAAGCCUCGACUGGAACAAGGCUGCCUCAUCCCCUGCCCUCAAGACUGCAUCGUAUCAGAAUAUUCUCCAUGGUCAGAAUGCUCCAGGACAUGUGGCAAUGGAUUAAAACACAGAACCCGAGAUGUUAUUACUUUGGCUCAGUUUGGUGGAUCAGCAUGUCCUAACCUUACAGAAUACAUUAUAUGUCAGUCUACCCCAUGUGAGGGUGAAGAAAAUAUGUACAGUUUGAGUGUUGGACCCUGGAGUUCUUGUUCUGUUCCACUUUCUAGACAUGUAAGACAGGCUGGUAAACGAGGGAAAAACAGAGAACGAGCAAAGGAAAGAGAAAAGGCAGUGAAGGAUCCGGAAGCAAGAGAGCUUAUUAAAAAGAAAAGAACCCGGAACAGAAAGAAUAGACAGGAGAAUAGAUAUUGGGAUAUACAGAUUGGUUACCAGACAAGACUGGUGACAUGUAUGCACCGAAAUGGAAAAACUGCUGCAUUAAGUUUUUGUCAACAGGAAAAGUUGCCAAUUACUUUCCAGUCUUGUGUUGUUGACAAGGAGUGCCAAGUGUCUGAGUGGGCAGAAUGGAGUCUGUGCUCCAAGGCUUGUGAUAUGGCAUCUGUUGGAUAUCGCACUAGAAAACGGACUAUCAAACUAUUUCCAAUCGGGAAUGGAAAUGAAUGUCCAGAACUAGAAGAAACAGAACAAUGUACUUCUCCUCCAGAUGGGCCACAAGUUUGUAUUCAAUACACCUGGAGAGCUACAGAAUGGACUGAAUGUCGGGUUGAUCCUUUGUUAAGCCAGCAGGAUAAAAGGAGAGGUAACCAGACUGCACUAUGCGGUGGAGGAAUUCAAACACGGGAGAUUUACUGUGUACCAGCAAAUGAAAAUCUGCUUUCUUACCUCAACAAUGUGAAAGAUAAAGAAGACAGCCAUUCUUACAGCACAUCAAAGUCUAGCGCGGCUCCAUUUCUAUCAAUCACUUUUGAAAUAUCAGCAUCCAAGCCUGUUGAGGCCAAGCUGUGUUCGGAACCACCACUAAGUACAAGCCAGCUUUGCCAUGUUCCAUGCCCGAUCGAGUGUGAGGUUUCUGCAUGGUCAGCAUGGGGGCCUUGCACGUUUGAAAACUGUGAUGACCAACAAAGCAAAAAAGGUUUCAAGCUUAGAAAGCGAUAUGUAACCAAUGAACCGACCGGUGGGACUGGCAAUUGUGCUCAUCUUUUAGAAGCCAUUCCUUGUGAAGAACCAUCUUGCUAUGACUGGCGACUGGAUAAGCUCGAAGAGUGUAUUCCUGACAAUGGAAACAAUUGUGGAUCAGGAACUCAGGUGCCUGUUGUCACAUGCAUUAAUAGUGAUGGAGAAGAGGUUGAUAGACAACAAUGCAGAGAUGCCAUCUAUCCGAUCCCAAUUUUGUGUGAUGUUCCCUGCCCUAAGGACUGUGUUCUCAGCAUGUGGUCUGAAUGGUCUUCCUGCUCACACACCUGCUCUGGCAAAACAACAGAAGGACGACAGACACGGACGCGAUCCAUUCUCGCUUACGCAGGUGACGGAAGAAUUCCUUGCCCAGAAAGCAAUGCUCUGCAAGAGAUCCGUAGCUGUAAUGAGCAUCCUUGUACUGUUUAUCACUGGCAGACUGGUCCCUGGGGACAGUGCACUGAGGAUGUCACGGUUUCAGCUUUCAAUUCAUCCAACUGGAAUGGUGAAGCCACUUGUGCACUAGGGAUGCAAACCAGGAAAAUCAUCUGUGUUCGAGUCAACGUGGGACAGGUUGGACCCAAAAAAUGUCCUGAAAGCCUUCGUCCAGAAACAAUGAGGCAGUGUCUGCUUCCAUGUCGGAGGGAUUGCAUAGUUACACCAUAUAGUGACUGGACUACUUGCCCCACCUCCUGCCAAGAUGGCGAUGUAGCCAUAAAAAAACAGACUCGUCACCGUGUCAUUAUCCAACUCCCAUCUUAUGGAGGCCGUGACUGCCCAGAUACUUUAUACGAAGAAAAUGAAUGUGAAGCUCCUGCGACCUGUCACAGCUACCGCUGGAAAACACAUAAAUGGAGAAGAUGCCAAUUGGUGCCAUGGUAUGUCCGGCAAGACAGCCCUGGAGCUUAUGAAACUUGUGGGCCUGGAUUACAAGCCAGAGCAAUUACUUGUCGCAGGAAGGAUGGUGCACAGGUAGAAGUUGCUGAUUGCCUUGCCAAUGCUGGUCCAUUGCCUCCUUUAACACAGUCCUGCCAGAUUCCUUGCCAAGACGACUGUCAGUUCACCAACUGGUCCAAAUUUUCCUCAUGUAAUGGUGACUGUGGUGCAGUAAGGACAAGAAAGCGCUCACUUCUCGGGAAAAGUAAGAAAAAGGACAAGUGCAAGAAUGCUCAGCUCUACCCAGUGAUCGAGACUCAGUUUUGCCCAUGUGAUAAAUACAGUGCCCAGCCUGUGGGUAACUGGUCCGACUGCAUUUUACCAGAAGGAAAAGUGGAGGCCUUACUGGGGAUAAAAGUUCAAGGAGAAAUCAAGGAGUGCGGGCAGGGGUACCGGUACCAAGCCAUGGCAUGUUACGAUCAAAACAGCAGACUUGUGGAGACUUCAAGGUGUAACAGCCACGGUUACAUUGAGGAAGCAUGUAUUAUACCCUGCCCAUCUGACUGUAAACUAAGCGAGUGGUCUAAUUGGUCACGGUGUAGCAAGUCUUGUGGGAGUGGCGUUAAGGUUCGUUCCAAAUGGCUCCGUGAAAAGCCGUAUAACGGCGGAAGACCUUGUCCAAAACUGGAUCAUGUAAAUCAGGCUCAGGUGUAUGAAGUGGUCCCGUGUCACAGUGAUUGCAAUCAGUAUAUAUGGAUCACAGAGCCCUGGAGUAUUUGCAAAGUGACUAAUGUUGAUCUAAAGCAGAACUGCGGCGAAGGCGUUCAGACAAGAAAAGUGAGAUGCAUGCAGAACACAGUAGAUGGCCCUUCAGAUGUUGUGGAGGACUAUUUAUGUGAACCGGAGGAAAUGCCAUUGGGGGCCAGAAACUGCAAUCUGCCCUGUCCAGAAGACUGUGUGAUGUCUGAAUGGAGUGAAUGGAGCAGGUGUCCCUUGCCUUGUGAUGGAACCAGCUAUCGAGAGAGGUCAGCCGUACCUAUCCGACAAGCCGAGGAAGGAAAAGCCUGUCAUGUUGCAAUUGAAACCGAACCCUGCAACCUGAACAAGAACUGUUAUCACUAUGAAUACAACGUCACAGAUUGGAGCACUUGCCAGCUAAGUGUGAAGGCAGUUUGUGGAAAUGGGAUAAAAACAAGAAUGCUUGACUGCGUCCGCAGCGACGUCAAAUCAGUUGACUUGAAAUACUGCAAAGAGCUUGGCUUGGAAAGAACAUGGCAGAUGAAUAUAUCUUGUGUUGUGGAAUGUCCUAUCAACUGCCAACUCUCUGAAUGGUCAUUUUGGUCCAAAUGUUCCAAAGAAUGCGGCCUACAAGGUAAAAUGCUACGGAAUAGAACCGUGAUUCAACCUUCCCAGGGAGAUGGAAGACCCUGCCCUUCACAGAUGGAGCAAUCCAAACCCUGUCCGGUAAAGCCAUGUUACCGAUGGCAGUAUGGACGAUGGUCUUUGUGCAAAGUUGAGGAUGCUCAAUGCGGUGUAGGAACAAGGUUCAGAAACAUUUCUUGUGUUGUUUAUGAUGGAUCCAGGGAAGAUUCUGGUAAAAUAGUAGAUGAAGAGUUUUGUGGAGACAUUGACCUUAUUGUGAAUAAUGACAAGAACAUUGUGCUAGAUGAAUCAUGCACUGUCCCAUGCCCAGGUGAUUGUUACUUGAGUGAAUGGUCUGAGUGGAGUUUGUGUCAGCUGACUUGUGUUAAUGGAGAAGAUCUGGGCUUUGGUGGAAUAAAGAUGCGAUCUCGUGCAGUAAUACUUCAAGAAAUGGAAAAUCAACAUCUGUGUCCAGAACAAGUUGUGGAAUCACAACCAUGUAAUGAUGGUAAGUGUUAUGAGUACAAAUGGUUGGCCAGUCCUUGGAAAGGAUCUUCUCGAAUGGUCUGGUGUCAAAGGUCGGAUGGCUUAAAUGUGACAGGAGGCUGCUUAGAGGCAUAUCAUCCAGAGACUGAAAGAUCAUGUAACCCACCUUGCGCACAGCAACACUCAUAUUGCACCGAGACAGGGUCAUGUGGCUGUGAAGAUGGAUAUACUGAAGUAACGUCGUCUGAUGGAACCCUAGAUCAGUGCACUCUAAUACCAGUAGUAAUAAUGCCAACAUUAGAUGAAAAGAAGGGAGAUGUUAAAACAAGCCGAGCCAUCAACCCAACCCAGCCAUCGAGUAGUCAGUCAGGUUAUGGAGGAAGAACAUGGUUUUUACAACCCUUUGGAUCAGAUGGGAGACUGAAGACCUGGGUGUAUGGGGUGGCAGCUGGAGCCUUUGUGUUACUCAUCUUUGUUGUUUCUAUGAUCUAUUUGGCCUGCAAAAAGCCAAAGAAACCCCCGAGACGACAAAACAACCGCCUGAAACCAUUAACUCUGGCAUACGAUGGAGAUGCAGACAUGUGAACAAUCUUUGUGAACAUUCAACUUCCAUAUCUCAAGUCUAAAACAGCAAAUUAAGAAGAAACAAGGACUUCAUCAAACUAUUCACACCGAUUCUGAACCGUAACUACAGGUUAAUCUAGUUAACGUUACACAUAAAUUAUUAAUGGAUCCUAACGGAAGGAAAAUAAGCAUUUCAAAAUAUAUGUCCAUUUCAAGUACCUUACUCAGCACAAGACUCAACAGGCCAAUACGCAUGACUUCAUACCACACUCGGAACAGCUUUAAAUUUAACAACCUUUGUGUUUUUAAGUCAACGACAGAUAACUGGGGUAAUUGUACAUAAUGUCACAUGGAUGACGGAACGUUGAAGGUAUUAGAGGACCAUACAUGGAACAAAAUGGUUUCCAAAGUGACUUGUGCCACAAUGACAUGGAACUGUCCUACUCUGAUGUAUUUUUAGCAAGUUCCUCUCAACAGUACUAACUUGUAUAUGUUACGAUGUUUCUACUUUCUCUAACUCUCUUAAUGUUGCCUACAUCUUUUUUUUUUGCUAUAUGUAAGGCAAGAUAUUGCACUAUAUUAGUGCUGCAUGAUAUGCACUUAACUAGAUUUGCCAUAGAAAAGGCCUCUUCAUAAGGGAUGGUGUGUCUUGUGAUAGCAUUGUCAUGUAGACAUUAAAGAAAUAUCAGGUUGAAAGUAGAUUCUGUGACAGGAGAAAAUGACAACGUCAUGUAAAUAAAUCCCCCUGUUUCUUGUCACUGUAGUGUUUUCUAGUUAGAUGAGGUUAUGUAUGUUGUUUCUUGCUCUUUAAACAAAACCUUUUUCUUACCUGUCUUUGGUAUAAAAAAAUGAUUUACUUUGGAUAUUAUUGCUGUUUAUACUGAAAACAUGAUUUUAAACUGCUUUGUUUAUUUAAGAAAGGGGCCGUGACUGGGGCAUUCUGGGACAUGCUGCUAGAUGAGAGGUACCUCCCCAUUAACAAUCUGUGGUGGUAGCUACUGUAUUUAUUAAAGGUCAGGGACCUCUUAUGCAUUUAUAUAACUGAGAUACACUAUCAGCCCACUGUUCUGCAGUGAUUAGCAACCAAAGGCAUCCAAUGUUGCUGACUACAUCCUCCAGUAUCCCACUGUCAUUUAAAACAAGUUGGAAUGUAGGAGCUGUAUUUCAACAACAUCUACAGGAAAUCCUGUGGCCCAGUGUCAGACCUGAAUGCCAGGGACUACCAGAAAACCUUAGACCAUAGACCCACUCCAAACUAUUUUCCUCCUCUUCUCAAUCAAUCACUUUAUUCUCCUAGUCUCUUUUCUUUACAUACUGUAAUCUAUCCUUCCAUCGAUCUCUCCUUUUAAUUCCCACACAGAACUUGGGAAUGACCAUGAAAUAAUGAGAAGCAGUUGGGCCCACCAGGAGAUUUCCUGGUAUCCUUUUGGGCCAAUCCAACACUGUUGUUGCCCAUUGCUGCUUCACUGCCUAUCCCUAGUGAUGGGCGAAUUUAUUCACAAGGCGCAAACUCGCGGCAAAUUCCCGUGAUUUGCCACCGGCAAAUAAAUUGUCAAAACCACCGCUAAAAUUCGCCAGCGUCAAAAAAAAUGGACGCCGGCUUUUUUGGACACGGGCACAAUUUCACAAAAAAUGGACGCUCAUGUCCAAAAAACACUGUUGCUGUUUCGCGAAUUUUUCACCAUUUCGCGAAUUUCACUGGAAAUUCGCAAAUUUUUCCGCAAAGCAAAACACCCCAAAUUCGCCAUCACUAAUUAUCCCACUUUUUUAAGAUAAAUGUUUAAAAAGUGGAUAAUUCUUCAAAAUCCUACCAUAAUGAAUUAUUUUCAUUAUUUAAUAUGCUUGUCUGUUCACUGAACAUAUAAUUAUAAAUAUUUACUAAUAUUUGCCAUAGUUAUAUAAAAGUCCUAAAACAUCUACACACAUUGGGAUGGCAUAAUAAGCUGGAUGCCGUCUGCAAGCUGUUUUUGAAAUACAUCUCCCAACAUUGAAGAUUUUGAGCCAUUGGUAACAUCUUGUUCAUCGUUUUGAAUUGUUCAUACCAUGAUUUGCCUUGAUUUUCAUUGGUCUUUCAAUGUGUUUCAUCAGUAAAUGACCACCAUAAAUCUCAUUGAUAUAAUCAUUCUGAGAUAUGGACUCUUAUGGACUAAUUAUAAAUUGCUCUUCUAGCCAAUCCCAUUCAUCUCAUGCCGCAGGAAGCAACAUCCCUAGUCUUGCUGUUCCCCUACAAAUUUCUUUCCUUGAUCCCUGCACUUCAUUGAGUUUUAUAUCCUAAAUUAAGCUUAUGUUUAUGGUUUUAUUUAGACAGUAAAAGGAGCAUUGCAUGUAUUAAAAAUCACUCAAUGCCAUUAACCCCUAAAAAACUGUUCUUUACCACAUGCUCUUAAACUUUAUUGAGUUUUUGUUUUUACUUGCAUCUUCCACAUGCCACAUUUGAUUAAUGCCAUUGGUGAAUAACAUGGCAACAUGCCCAGGCAUUUGAGCAAUUUGAUGGAAUAAGGCAAUGAAUUGAAGUACUAUCUUCCAUCGUGUACUUCAAUUUCUACUGAAUCACAAUUUAUUUUACAGUAAAUGGAGCAAUUUAAGUCUAAAAAUGGCAGCGUCUGAAAGUAAUGCAAAAGUCUGCUCUUUAACUACAUUGGAAUUUGUGUCACUUAACCGCACAGAGGACAAUGUUUUAAUAAAUGACAAGCAUGGAGCAUUUCAUUAACGUAAUCAUAUUAUCAUUAAAAAGCUAGCUACAAAGCAAUAAUGGUAACCGCCUCUAUAUGUAUUCACUGUUGGAUAACUUCAUAAACUAUUGGCAUUUGUUACAUAUAUAUAUAUAUAAUCCUGCUACAUGUAACUUUAGCAAAAAUAGUAAAAAGUUCUAUUCUGAGGUUAAACUCUACAGUAAUUUAAUUAUAUUGGAAACGCUUCAUUAUUAAUCACGAAGUGAACAAACACACUUGACAAAUACACAUUACAUUUGGAGGAACAAAAAUCACGACAAAGCCAAAACCUUAGAUGUGAAAAUAUAUAAAAUAAUUGAAAAUUACAACAAUAAUAAUGUCAUUUAAUUUGUUUUGUAAAAAGUCUGCCAAACUAAAUCAGACAUUUUAAAUAAUGUAAAUAAUAAUCAGCGGUGAAUAAUAUAUUGUAAUAGGAAAACAACCAUUAUUGGGUGUUAUACUAAUUGAUCUGUCUAAAGAUGGCCAUAGAUGUUUUAAAAGAUUCUUUUCAUUAUCGUAGGACCUGAAACGAUCAUUUAAAUGAAAAUUUGUCCAUCAAAAAAAAGGCCAUUUCAUCUAGUUGAAACUAGGAAACUGUGGGUAGUUGCCUGCUUGGUCCUGAAAACAGUUAGACAAUAAAUACAUUUCACUUAGACCGAUGGAAAUUUUCUAACCUGGCCGACUGAUUUUCUGACCAAUGUCAGACGAAAAUUGUUAGUUCGGUGCCCACUAACCUCACGACAAUUUGACAGAUUUGUCAGAUUGCACGUAAAUCUAUUUUCAAAAAAUCUUUGGGCAAAAUUACAUUUUGUGAUGUUUGAAAUCAUUGCUGCUACAUUUUUGAACAUAAGGAGCAAAAAGCAAAGAGGACCUGUAACAUUCACUUCUCCAGUUUUCAGGCCAGUUUUCCAAAACAGCAAAACCACAUGUUUUUAGGACUAAGAACAAUGUAACACUAAUCCAAUGACUAAUCUCUUGGAAGAGGUUAUGGUUUUUCAAUUACCUUAGUAGAUAUUCUGGAGCAAAUGUGAAGGACUGCUAAACACUUAUGUUACUUUUCCUUUCAUCCCUUAUCAAAAGUGGUCAUAUAAUAGGAGUCCGUUUACUAAAGUGCGGUAAAUCUGACUUUAAGUUGCCGCUUGUUAUCACUGAGAAUAUUUUUCCCGCCAGAAUAUUCGCAGCGACUAAAUUUGCUAAACAGCGAUGCGUUCAGAAGUCAUUGCUAUCACUUGCGGUAACUACAUUAACGAAUCAGCUUACUCAGCAGUAAUUUUAGCGAGUUGCAAAUUUUCUGGUGACAAAUUACAUUUUUGCGAAUAUUUUCGCUAUUAAAUAGUCUUGU